GGCCAACGCGGCCAACGCGGCGGCGGCGGCGGCGGCCAUGGCGACCCCCAGCAACCUGGCGCCCUCGGUCCUGGCCAGCAAAACCAAGACCAAGAAGAAGCACUUCGUAGCGCAGAAAGUGAAGCUGUUCCGGGCGAGCGACCCCCUCCUCAGCGUCCUGAUGUGGGGGGUGAACCACUCGAUCAAUGAACUGAGCCAUGUUCAGAUCCCUGUUAUGUUGAUGCCGGAUGAUUUCAAAGCCUAUUCAAAGAUAAAGGUGGACAAUCACCUUUUUAACAAAGAAAAUAUGCCGAGUCAUUUCAAAUUUAAAGAAUAUUGCCCCAUGGUUUUCCGCAAUCUCAGAGAAAGAUUUGGAAUUGAUGAUCAGGAUUUUCAGAAUUCUCUGACGAGGAGCGCCCCAUUGCCCAACGACUCCCAAGCUCGCAGCGGUGCUCGCUUCCACAUCUCGUAUGACAAGCGAUACAUCAUCAAAACCAUCACCAGCGAAGACGUGGCUGAGAUGCACAACAUCCUCAAGAAGUAUCACCAGUACAUAGUGGAAUGCCACGGAAUUACCCUCCUGCCUCAGUUUUUGGGCAUGUACCGGCUGAAUGUAGAUGGAGUUGAAAUAUACGCGAUUGUGACCAGAAACGUGUUCAGUCACCGCUUAUCUGUUUACAGGAAAUACGAUUUAAAGGGCUCUACCGUGGCGAGAGAAGCUAGUUACAAAGAAAAGGCCAAAGAGCUGCCGACUUUAAAGGAUAAUGAUUUCAUCAAUGACGGCCAAAAGAUUUAUAUCGAUGACACCAACAAAAAGAUAUUCCUUGAAAAGCUCAAAAAGGACGUUGAGUUCCUUGCCCAGCUGAAGCUCAUGGACUACAGCUUGUUGGUUGGAAUUCACGACGUUGAGAGAGCCGAGCAGGAAGAAGUUGAGUGUGAAGAGAAUGACGGCGAAGAUGAAGGGGAGAGUGAUGGGGCCCACCCAGUCGGAACCCCUCCAGACAGCCCCGGAAAUACACUGAACAACACCCCACCCUUGGCACCUGGGGAAUUCGAUCCGAACAUUGACGUGUAUGGGAUUAAGUGCCACGAAAACGCACCCAGGAAGGAAGUAUACUUCAUGGCCAUUAUCGACAUUCUCACUCACUAUGAUGCGAAAAAGAAAGCUGCACAUGCUGCCAAAACUGUUAAACAUGGCGCUGGCGCGGAAAUUUCAACCGUGAAUCCAGAACAGUAUUCCAAGCGCUUCUUGGACUUUAUCAGCCACAUUUUGCCCUCCCACGCCGCAUAGGAUACACCGGCGCUGUGGGCGCAGCAGCAUAGGAAAAGAAGAAUUGGAACUCAGUGACACGCACGUCUUUGCAGAAAGCAAACCUCCUUGUUUACAUCUUCUGGCCAAGAUGACUGAUUUGGGGGCUACUCGCUUGAUCAGCUUCCUGAUAUUCCCAGCAUAGUUCUAGCUACUUCUGACUCUUUUAUGUGUGCGCGCAAAAAAAAAAAAAAAUUAAAAUAGAUCAGCUUAUCUCAGUGCGUUGCGGUAGCAAUGCUCUGACAUAACUAGCUGUGGUGGAACGAGU